AUGCCCGAGCCACCCUACCCCCUGCAUCCCUCGGUCGUCGACCGCAUCAACCCCGAGUACAAGGACUUUUACAACAAGUUUGUCUUCGAUAAGCAAGUUGUUCACCACCAGCCCAUCUCCGCGUCUCGUGCAAGCGGCACUCUGAUCCCGGGCGCCGGCCCUAAGCUCGAGGUCGCCAGCUCAGAGGAUUUCACCAUUCCGAGGAAAGAAACGCGCGGGCCUGACAUUCUCCUGCGAGCUUUCACCCCCUUGGGAGAGAGGCCGGUCAAGGGAUGGCCACUAUGCUUUUGGUUCCACGGCGGCGGUUGGGUCUUGGGCAACAUUGACACGGAGAAUGUCAUCGCCACGCACCUCUGCAACCGGGCGAAAUGCGUCGUUAUCUGCGUAGACUAUAGACUCGCGCCAGAGAACCCCUUCCCUGCAGCCGUCGACGACUGCUGGGAGUCGGUCCUCUGGGCCAUCUCCACAAAUGGCACCGAGAAGCUCAACCUUGACAUCUCGCGCAUCGCAAUCGGAGGCUCAUCAGCAGGCGCAAACCUCACGGCAAUCAUCUGCCAGCGCGCAACUAAGCGCCCAGACUUCCCGACCGUGGCAACACAGCUGCUCUCUGUGCCCGUCGCAGACAACACCGCCACAGUGGACUCGACGAAACCAGAGCACGCAUCGUGGAAAGAGAACGAGUUCACCCCCGCCCUGCCAGCGGAGAAAAUGAUGUGGUAUCGUCACCAUUACCUCCCCGAUAAGGAGACUUGGGUGCACCCUGAGGCGAGCCCGCUUCUGUGGGAUGGCGAUUGGUCCAAGUUGCCUCCUGCUGUUGUGGUUGUUGGUGAGCUUGAUGUAUUACGAAGUGAGGGUGAGGCUAUUGGGAAGAAACUUCAGGAUGCGGGCGUUAAGACGGAUGUGCAUAUCAUGAAGGGGCAGCCGCAUCCGUUCAUUGCUAUGGAUGAGGCUUUGGAAGAUGGUAGGAGGGCCAUCACGUACUUUUGCGACAAGCUUAUAGAGCUGUUGUGA